UUCUCUCUCUCCCUGUGUGUGUGUGUGUUUGUGUGGGGCCUGCCACUAGUCUGCCAGCGCCAUCGGAUUUGAACCUCACAUUUGAUCUCACUUUUAAGCCAUUCUUCAACCCCAUAUGAGCAGUAAACAUUUGUAGGCCCCAUUGUACCUCCGCAAUCUGCAUGUAAUGUUGUGGGUACUGGUACAACAUCGGAGUAUUAGCAUUUGAGCUUUCAGUACGGGUCGUGCAAGGCUGCGAUGGAAGCUGUAGCCCACAGCGCUGGCGCGGCAGUGCUCCCCUUGGCUGCUCCCGCUUCAAGAGCUUCGUGUUACGCGAGCUCCACGUCGCUGGGAGGAGGAUUCCUCAUUCGGAAAUUCUCUGCUGCGGGGUUGAAACGAGUGAAUUUCAAGCGGGAUGACAGCAGGAGCGUUGUUGCGUCCGCGAAGGCUGACGCGCAGGGGGAGACUCUUCCAGCUCUAGCGAGCGUAGUGGCAGACGACGCUGUAUCUGAGGUGGAUCAACCAUCUAUGAACCCUCCAGAAACCGCAAGCAUAGGUGCAGAUUCAUCGUCACAGGCUCUCCCAGACAUGAGCUCUGAUUCUCAACCUCCAUUUCAACCUGCACCGUUACCGGGCUGGGUGGCGGUGACAAUAGGAAUCACAGUUCUCAUCGCUGCGGCGUUAUUCCCGCAGUAUCAUCUGGGCCCACUGGAGGUGCUUCGGAUGGGAUUGUACUCCGUUGCAACACCUCAGGUGCUGCAAUCGGUGCUCUACGUUGGAGUGGUCCUACACGUCUUGGAAGCAACGUAUGCUUGGUAUUUAGCUGGGAGAGUUGAUCCCCACAAUCAGACUCUGUGGUUCUGGCAAACUCUCUACUUGGGCAUGUUUUCUUUGAGCAUUUUGUUGGGGAAGGCCUCCCAGUCCAAGCAAGACUGAAGCAACAACGCACGUUGCGAGAGGGGAAGCUCGAUGUCUGUGAUUUCUAGUGUGUAUGCCGGGGUUGUUGCCGGUGUCGGUGGGUUUUCCUGCUUGCUUGCUUGGCCGGUAAUGUGCUUUUUACUUCUCUUUGUUACUUUUUUCUUUAUGGAAAGUGAAUAUGCACUCGACGAUUUUGCUGCCGCGGUCGCUUCAGAAUCCCAAUCUUGGGUUGUUCAACCAAUUGGUCAAUAUUCGAUUUAGAUGAAUUAGUAUCAGGAUUGUAUGUAAUUUCUCAAUUCAUUGUAUUAUUUUGAUAAUAAAGAUUCAUAAGAUUGCAUUUCUA